AUGUCGUCGCGCACUCUAUCAAUUGCCGUCAUUUUCAUCAUUGCAGCGCUUCUUGUGUCUGACAUCGAAGCACGAUUCAAACGCCAGACAUACCAGUAUGAUCCAUAUCUCAUGUCGUUCGCUCAUCCACAUCCAGGAACUAAAGUGACUCAAGGAUAUUUAGCUAGAUAUGCACCACAAGAUUGGCCAAAAUGGUACUCCCGGAACAUGAUGAAAUGGACUGGACAAUCCAGAUUUUCGCCAUACGACAAAACCGACGCCCGGUAUCCAAACUGGCAUAAUGAGUUUGCCAACAGACGAGUGUAA